UUUUCGCACGACUCAUUUCCUGAAAAUUCCUGAGAAAAAACGACCUUCCGUCGUCGUUUCGUUAACUAUCGAAAAAUAUCGUCUCUCUGGGGGAAGCCAUUCGCUUGUAGGCCCAGCUGGGCAGCCAGGCAUUGUCCAAUGCUGUGCAGCUCGAGGCCCGUACGGUUGUCCUCCAUGGAGGGCGCCGAUCGCUCGGAUCUCAGGGACGGUAGACGGGUUCGCGGACAGAGUGGUGGAGGCAGCUGGAGUUGCGAGACGACUUAAAGGCUUUGCCGUGAUAAGAGAUUGUCGAGGGCCAGCCUCGUGUUCGGAGGUUUGGCCUUCGCGAGAGGACAGAGUAGUAGUGCGGGGAAGGUGGUGGUGGAGGGGGGGGGGGCAGAAGAUCGUGCGGCUCGAAGAUCAAACACUCCAGAUGGAAUCGCCUUCGGCCCCGGAUUGUCUUAUUGAGGCCCAAGAAGAUUCCACCUCGGCAGGAUCAGCGGAGACGAUCGAUGCGUCGUCGUUGACGGUGUCAUCGUCAGUAUCCUCGCCGGCUACGUCGAGGAACGAGUCAACGGAGCGCGGUAACGAUGUUGGUAGCCAAGAGUUUGCCAGUAUAGAAUCGUGCGAGACCUCGGUCGCUUCGGAUGCCUCGAACGAGCCUUCGGAGGCCGCGAACGAUUCUUCGCCCGGCGAAGGUCAAUUAGAUAUUUCCGACAUGGGUCUUAAGCUUGGCAAGGACAAGAAGCAACUUCGAAACACGGACGACGAUAUCGAAGUGAAGAAGUUGAACGUAUCUGUGGACGAACGAGAUCGUUCGACGCCGACGCCGACGCCGAUGUCGCCGUUGGUUCAGUGUACCGAAAAAGAGACAGAGUCUGAUUGGAAAGUGUUGGAUAACAACGACGGAGGAUUCGUCGCCUCGUCGCCAUUAUGUAGAAAAAGGCCGGCCAGUGAUUUCCUGCCGAUCAACGCGGAGAUCAAACGGAUUGACGUUGAGAUCCCGGAGAACGACUUGAAUCAAGUAAGAAGCGACGUGAGGAGGAUCUCGCCGGUGUUGGUGAGCCUUCGGGAGCGUACACUCGGCGAAAUAUCCCUGUCCUCGGACUCGUGCCUGUUCGACGACGACGUUAACAGCCGAUGCGUCUCGAGGAACAAUAGGAUAAUCGACGACCUGUUAACGAGUGCUUGUAGGUUAUCGACAACGGUCGUAGACGGUUUUCAAACUGAUCAUGAUAUCGAGGGAACAGCUUGCGUCGAGUCGGAGCACAGGAUCAUCCGCAGAGAAGCGACGUCGCCGGAAGGUGAAUGUACUAAUGGCAGCGUCGAGGAGGCGCUAGCAGAGCCCUGUAAAAAGCUCGAAUACCCGGGCUCGACGUUCAUCGACGAGGACUCAUGUUGUUCGCUGUCGCGCGAGAGCCCCGAGAGGAAUUUCAGCAAGUGCCAGGAGCCGAAACAGUGCGAGGAGCCUAUCGAGGAGUGCUCAUGCAACGACACCAUGCCUACGAGCGAUGCUUGCGCGACGACGCCGGUCGUGAACAAGCAGGUGAAACAAAAUUCGUUACCCCAUUUGGUAGUUAAGAUGGAACACGUCGACUUGUCGAAGUACUUGUCACCGGAUCGGAAGAACGCGAAAUACAUGGUCGUCAGCUCGAAGAAGAAACAGAAGAAGAACACCGCGUGCAAUGAUGACGACAGCAACGUGGCCGUAAGAACUGAUUCCGAAGACACGUUGAAGGAAGUAUGUUGCGUCGUUGAAAGUUGCGCUUACAAGAAAAACGUCGAAAAGACUGAGUCACAGGACCAUAAGGAGAAACCAACAGAUUCUCCUAUAGUAUCCAAUCUGAAACAGACCAAAUUAACAAAAUCAUCUUCCGUUGGCGUUGUGAAGGAAUGCAAGGUGGUCUUGCAGAGGAUAACGUUGCCAGUGAGAACGACGUCGACGGAGAACUCGGAGAACGAAGAAACGGGACCGAGAUCGGCAAUGGAGAAGUUGGAGAACGACGAGAAGAUGGUGUUCCCCUCGUCUUUGUCCCCCGUCGAGAAUUUACAAUCGCUGAACAAUUUAGUUUCGUCUGAAACGACGCUAGGUUCGCCGGUGAUGUUGGAACCGACCGCGGAUAUUCCAGAAACGAUCGACACAGAGACGGAGACCGAGACCGGGUCCGACAGCUCUGAAAUACCGACCAUGACGAGCGUACCUCUUCGUGGAUGCGAAGACGAUGCCGCUUCUGACCAAAUAUCGUGUCAGGAGAGCGAGUCCAUGUGCUGCGUCGAUAUUAAUCCGGAAAUCAUAUCGAGGUUGGAGCCAGAAAGGCCGGAAGCUUUUACCGAAGAUUCAGCGGAGAGUCUGGUACUUGCCGCUGGUGCACGGGACGAAGUUAGAUCGGACGGAAGCGAUUCUGGUCUAGGCAGCGAGAUUCCUGGUGAUUCUGGGCCUGCACCUGUCCCCGAAAGCGAUUCCGAGACUUCCUUUUUGGAUAGGAUACCCGAUGAUAUUCUCUCCGACAAAGAAAAAGCCGUAAAUCAAUUGGACAGCUUUGUAUCAAACGUGGGUAUACCAGGUACACCACAGCCGCCAUUGACGAACUUUCGGAGCCCUACAAAGAGUAAUCUAAAACGAAGAUUAAUAGAUUGCAUGGAAGACGCUCCUAGUCCGAAGAGAAGCAAUACGGGUGAAUCGAUGAAAAAGAAACGCAAUAUUCAAUUCGACGCCGUCACCGUUUACUAUUUCCCUCGGGCACAGGGUUUCACUUGUGUGCCUUCUCAGGGUGGCAGCACUCUUGGUAUGAGCGCGACGCAUACUCACGCAGAACGGUUCUCGUUGUCGGAGCAUGCUGCUGAACAGAGGCGAAUUCAUCGUGCUAGGCUAGCUCAAUUGCGCUCGGAGCGUGCCGCAAAUUGCGUAUCGGAAGCAGCGUCCAGCUCUGAGGAUCCCAGCGACGACACGGACGAGGAACAAAGUGAUAACGAGGAACUGGACAUUGAUAGUUAUUACUUUCUACAACCAGUGCCUACAUGGCAGAGACGAGCUUUGCUUAGAGCUGCUGGAGUACGUAGAAUAGAUGCGGUCGAGAAGGACGAGUGCCGCGACAUUAGAGCCAGUAGAGAACAUUGCGGUUGCGGGUGCAAAGGAUACUGCGAUCCAGAAAGCUGUCCUUGUAGUCGAGCCAAUGUAAAGUGUCAGGUGGAUAGAGCGGGUUUCCCUUGUGGAUGUACUCGAGACGGUUGUGCGAAUAAUUCAGGCAGGAUCGAGUUUAAUCCAGUACGGGUACGAACACAUUUCAUUCAUACUCUAAUGCGGUUAGAAUUAGAAAAAAAACAACGAGAAGAAGAGGGCGCGGAUCAUGACGCUUCCGACAAUCAAAACGGCCGAAGUCCGUUAAGGGAAAUCAAUUUGGGAUCUGUGAUGGAGAAUAGGACCACUGAAUCGUGUCUGAACGGUGGCGGAUUUACGACGCUUCAUUACGAGAAUCACGACGCUAGAGACGGCGGGACGAAUUGUCAGCCAGAAGUACCUGGUACUAGAGAGGAUAGUCUGGAUCUUUACGCAAUUAGAGAUGAUUGUUAUCCUAGCGAAGACACUGUUGAUGGUACGCAGGGACCUCAAAGGAAACUUCAUCCUGAGUUUAGUCAAGCUUUUCAAACGUUCAGCCAAACGGGUGCUGGAGUGACCUUUCAACAACCUACUUAUCAGGAUUAUCAACCUUACGCUAACCUUCCUUCUACAUCUAGGGUGCAAUUUCAGCCCCAAUUCCAAACGGUGCCAGGAAAUCCAGGGUUCUCACACUACGCGCCUUACGGACAAGACACCGGAUCAAUUCAGGGGAACUGCCACGUCCAUCCCGGACAACACUCUUCCAACUACGAGACCAGCUUCGCCCAAGAUGAAACAACUGGAUCGCAGUACACGAAUUUGAAUUCGGUGCAGCCAAUGAACACGGUGGUUCAACAGAUGGGUAAAUUAGAACCAUUUUCAGAACUUUUGUCUGGUAGAUAUUCGUAUUACGGUGAAAUGGAGCCUCCGGCGCAUGGUACUUAUCACGGGAACGGAACGAAGGUCGAGGUAGAAAAGAACCAAGGUAACGAGCAGCAAUCGGAAAGUACGGAAGAGUGUGAUGAAAACUUUGGUGAGAUUAUUAAAAAGUCAAUGGUUGAGACUGUAUCCGCUUAGGUCAAACUGUAGAUACAAAGAAUUGUCUAUAUGCAAAUCCGUCAAAUCGUUUUUGACCCAUAGUGAUUUAUAAUGAAAAAAAAAAAAAAGAAAAUAGAGUAAUUUCGACGGAUUUAAUUUCCGUCGAAAACCUCGCGAACAAAAAAAAAUAAAAAAAGUAAAUAAGGAAAAAACAGAAAAAAGAUAACGAGGAAGUAUCCCGAUAAUGAGGUGCUGGAGUUUUGACCAGUUAUCCUUCCAUUAGAUAAAUCCGAAAAUUGUUUAUGUGGUUUUCGAACAGAACAAAAGUUCUCCUCGAGAAUCACUCGCGGUUAACUAUGACGAGUCCCGUGGAUGUCGUUAGAAAAAUUAUGCGGAUACGUGUGCGUCCGCCCGGGAUGGAAGCUUGAGACAUUGUCCUUGUUCCUUUAUAAUAAGAUUGUCGACUGUAUAAUCGAUCGAAUGGAUCGAGACAAUGUUCUCAAUAAACGUGAAGAGAAUCCGGGGCCGCCAAUUCGGCGAAGGAUUUUCGGGAGAAGGUCUUCGUCGAAAAUCUUCAUGAACAGUCUCCUUGAAAUGGCAAGAAUUCUGUAACUCAGUUACAGAAGAAAUUCAACGAGGUUGUGACCAAGAAACAACAUAUGGGAUCAGCUUAGAUUGCAGUUUAUAAUACUUAACUUUAAUACCUUAAUCGUAGGCUCGCGGGUCACGCGUCUUUUUAAAAGAAAACGAAAAAAAAAGAAGAAGAAGAAGAAGAAGAAGAAGAAGAAGAAGAAGUUUCGGAUUCGGAUUCGUGUGACAGCGGCGAUGGCAAAUAACUUAGUAUUUAUUGCGAAAGCGAAUCUGAAAGACGUUACAUUGCUGAUCAGAAAGGAAGAAAGGCACAUGCAUGUACACACACAAAAACACAUUUAUAGACGACCACGAAAUGUGAGCGAUUGUGAUACUCGUGCAUAUGAAAAUACAGUUUGCCAGGAUCGUAGGUUAAGAAAAUUACUUAUGGGACUUUUUUAUGCCAGUUAGUAAGAGAUCGAGUUUGAAUGGUUUUUCAAUCAGCAGGCGACGGUAAAUGAUGAUAGAGAAUAGAUUUUUCCUCGUGUUGUAAUGAAUGCACACGCAUCGCGGUUAAAUACAUGUUUCCAAUGUUAGAGAAACCAUGAUUGGUUGGCAUACCAAACGCACGCUGUCUACAGAACACAUAAUGUUAAGCCCUCGUAUAUUAUUUCUUUUUUUUCAUUCUUUUAUAUGACACCUUGAAAUUGCAGGUCUUUCGAAUAUCACGCACAUAUAUGAAUAUAUUGUAUGAAUAUACUUGUGACAAAACGUGAAAAUUUUUCAUACAUUUCGAAACGUACACGUAUAAAUUGUCGAUUGUUAAGAAUUUUCGUUCUCGAUGAAUGAUCAACGGUUCAACUUCGUCCUUUAUUCGCAAUUUCAGGGUAAGCAUUAACGUGAACAAAAUAAGAAAAGAAAAGAUACCCGCGUGAAGUUCUCUCGUUUUUUGGAAAACUGUACGAUAAACAAAAGUCUGAUGACAAGUGUUGUCUUGUUUGGACGUUCUUUUGCAUACCCAUUGUUAUUCACCUUGUAGAUUUUCAGACACAGACCUCUUUAGCAUCCCGGGACGUUGAUCGCUAUACCCACGAUUAAUUGAAUAUUACACAUAAGAAAACAAUGAUAACGACGAUAGUAUUAAAUUUAUACAAUACUUAUUGGACGUGUCAGCUCCCAAGCACUUUUAACGAUCUUCUAUUUCCGUGUUUCACACUGUGUUCAUCGUCGCUGAUUGGUGCCUAAAAUCGUUACGUUUGUUGUCAGUGUACAAUGAUAACGAAAUCACACUUUCGAAAAUAGAAGAAACGAAAGGAACGUAGAUUUAUCGUGUUGAGACGUUGCGAGGGAUGUGACACCUCCGUAUAACAUAAAUAUACAUAUAAACUACACGUAUGUAAGUAACUUUUAGAGUAUUUGAGUAAAAAAAAGGCAUACAUA